AUGUCAAGCAACGAUCCUGCCGCACCGCCCUCGUACACGGCGCCUGCACCAAAGGGCUAUCAAGCCGUACCUCAACACGACUCUCCAUCUUACGGAGCGGCGGAAACGAGCACCACUCCGCGUAAUGUCGACGAGGAAGGCGAUCCGGACGAUUUCAAAUUCGGAGUCACCGUUGAGCAAUCAUCGCCAGAGAUCCGCGCCAUGUUCCUGCGCAAGGUUUACACCGUUCUGUUCUUCCAGAUUCUCGGCACCACCGCGAUUGCUGCUAUCAUGACCACUCGAGGUAUCGCCGGCUGGGUCCAGCAAAACCAAUGGGCUUUCAUUGUCCCUCUCGUCGGUAGUCUGGUCACCAUGGGUUUUCUCUACUUCAAGCGUCACUCUCAUCCAACCAACAUGAUCCUUCUCGGACUGUUCACCGUCCUAGAGUCACUUUCGCUCGGAACUGUGAUCACCUACGUCGACCAGAAAAUCGUCCUCCAGGCUAUGAUUAUCACCGCUUUUACUUUCUUCGGCCUCACGCUCUUCACACUCCAGUCCAAAUGGGACUUUGGCAGCAUGGGCGGAUGGCUGUUUGGCGCGCUCAUGGUCUUGGUAGGCGUUGGAUUUGUGGGAGUGUUUUUGCCCUACAACCAGACCUUCGACCUCAUCAUGGCGGUCGCAGGCUGCGUCGUGUUCAGCUUGUACAUUGUGUACGAUACAUGGCUGAUCCAGAGGAGGCUGAGUGCGGAGGAGUGGGUACUAGCUAACAUCAGCUUGUACCUCGAUAUUGUUAACCUUUUCAUCAACAUCUUGCGUAUUCUCAACAACCAAUCGAGGGAUUGA